CACCCAGUUACCGAGGCUGAGGAAAUGCGGAAGUGGCUUCUCUGUCAAAUAUCUACUGUAAACAUUGCUGCUCAGGAGAGUAGAGGGCUUUGAUCAGCAGGGCUUCCUCCUUGAGGCCGGAGCACAGCCGUUUCCUUCACCGAUCUGAGUGACCUGGGAGGGACAGGAUGCAGCAGGAGCUGUCAACAGACAGCAGUGGCUCCAGGUUCACUCCUCUGGUGGUGGUAGAACUAGCUUCAAACGUUAAGGAGGAGACCAUCGCAUGGUUGCUCAGCAGGAUAAGAGACCAACAGCAGAAUGGAGGUGCUCAGCUGUUCUUGGAGCAGUUGGGCCCUUCAGUCGAAGCCCAGGAGAAGGAAAACCCCAAUAUAUUUCUGGUUGGGGCCUCAUGGCAGAGGCUGCUCUCUGGUGCUGAGGAUGUGGGCCUCUUCAAGGAGUACAACGAUGGGUCCAUGAGGGGCUUCACACGUGCCAACAAACACAACUUCAAAGACUUUAAAGGGGAUGGAGAUGGCUUCCUCAGUAUGGCUGAGUGUCAGUACAUUAUCAAACAUGAGCUGGAAACACUGCGAGCCAAAGAUGAGACUCAUGUACCAGGACACAGCCAGGCCAAGCUCUACCCCGGGAAAUCUAUAAUUCGCAGACUGCUGUCCAAAGGGCUCCUGAUCCAAAUUUUUCCUCUGCAUGAAAAGGAGGAACUAAAGAGGCUCUCCUUUUCCUGGUAUAAAAAGGUGAAGUUGUCCCUUCAGCCUCUUGAUGACAUCCGACACUACUAUGGGGAGGGACAGGCCCUCUACUUUGGCUUUCUAGAGUACUUCACCUUUGCCCUGGUACCUAUGGCCCUCAUUGGAGUGCCUUACUAUCUGUUUGACUGGGAGGACUACGACAAAUAUGUAGUCUUUGCUGUAUUCAACUUGAUCUGGUGCACUGUGAUCCUAGAGUUAUGGAAGCGAUUCAGUGCCUCACUAGCCUACAGCUGGGGCACACUGAGCAGGAAAAAGGCCUUUGAAGAACCUCGACCUGGAUUUCAUGGUGUCCUCGGGUUCAACCCUGUAACGGGACGUGAGGAGCCACUUUAUCCCACCGCCAAGAGGCACCUACGAAUCUACCUUGUGUCCCUGCCUUUUGUCCUGCUCUGCCUCUACCUGUCCCUCUACGUCAUGAUGAUCUACUUCCAGAUGGAGGGAUGGGCGCUGUCGGUCCAUGAUGAGGACCCCACGUUCUGGACAGGAAUACUCAUAUUCAUUCCCAGUAUUAUCUACGCUGUGGUCAUAGAAAUCAUGAAUCUCAUCUACAGAUACGCCGCUGAGUUCCUCACCGAGUGGGAAAAUCACCGACUAGAGUCUUCAUACCAGAAUCACUUGGUCCUCAAAGUAUUAGUAUUCAACUUCUUCAACUGUUUUGCGUCGCUGUUCUACAUUGCCUUCGUUAUGCAGGACAUGGUGCUGCUCAGACAGAGUCUGGCCACCUUGUUGAUCACCAGUCAGAUCUUGAAUCAGUUCAUGGAAGCCUUCCUGCCUUACUGGCUCCAGAGGAGGCGCAACAAAAAGAUGAUCCGCAAAGUCCAGAAGAAAAGAACUUUGGAGGAAAAAGAGCUUCCUCUGGUGGAGCAAGUUCGACUGGAGGCCGACAUGAGCACCUACUUGGGCACAUUUGAUGACUACCUGGAGCUGUUCCUUCUGUUCGGAUAUGUCAGUCUGUUCUCCUGCGUCUACCCUCUGGCUGCUGUCCUGGUGGUGUUGAACAACAUCACUGAGGUUUAUUCUGAUGCCUUCAAAAUGUGUCAAGUGUUCAAACGACCCUUCUCUGACCCAGCUGCAAACAUAGGAGUGUGGCAGCUUGCCUUUGAGGCCAUGAGUGUGAUAGCUGUUGUGACCAACUGUGCACUGAUCGGCAUGUCCCCACAAGUCAAAGCUUACUUUCCGGAAUCAGAGACACAACUAAUAUUAUGGACUGUGGCUAUUGAGCAUGGACUGCUGGCCUUCAAGUUCAUCCUGGCCUUCCUCAUCCCAGAUAUUCCCAAGCAUAUCCAGAUCAAACUGUCACGUCUGGAGUUUGAAUCACUGGAGGCCCUCAAGAAAAAGAGACAGCUCCAUGGAGGAAAAUGCUGGAAGCCGUGGAGCUCAGUAAGACUUUCCAGUGAGGAGUAGAGGAGGCCCUGCAGACGCUGAUGAUGACUCCUGUUUACGUAUUGACAGACACUCCUCCUCACAUGUAUGUAUUAUGUUACUUUUGGAGUUUGUGUGGCCGGUUUUUAUGCACAGAGGUUCACUGUUAUUCUGCAAUAUCUUUACCAAAUUACUAAAGGGGGCUGUUUACACGGUUUUACUGUUGGAGGGAUGGAACAGAGGAAGGGUGCAGAGCUGUGUACCAAAUGUAUCACGUCGGUCUGUACAUUACCUGUACUGUUAUGAGGUGUUGUGUUGGGGUUGUGUACUCGUGGGAUAAAUGAUGGGAAAUAUGGGCCAGGUGUUCAAAUCACAGAGAGAUGCUGUAAACAUGAUAUAGUGUAGGAAAAAAAUAGUAUUUUAUAUCCAAGAGUGUUGAUGAAAGUCAUUUUCUGUUCUGCUUGUUCUGCUCUUUAGCCACUGAAGUCACUUUGGGUUGGGUUCAAUCAGUGCUGAGGUUCUGUAGUGUAUGCACAGUCAACACCUUCAACAGUGAUACUGACUUUCAGUAUUAAAGCUGCUUGUAAUGAGAAGUUUUCAUCCUCCGCACUUCAAACCUGGAAUUAAAGAAAGGCCUUAAAGAUUUAAAUGUUAGAAGCAACCAAAACACUAAUUGUGAAAUGUAGUCAUGACUGAAGAGUCAUAGUUUGGUGUAUUUUCACAGAAAACGAACCAAAGAAAGUAUUUAACAGUGGCUCAUGGGCCAUAAUUGUUACGGUUUAGUCAAUUAAAUGCUGCUUCCUGUCGAUAAGAAAAGACAGAAUAAAAGGAAUUCAAUUAAAAUGUGUAAGUAACACACAUGAAAUUCAUUUAAAUGGUAUUUUAUCUGCAGCUUUGCUAACCCUACGAGCAUGCAUUUUGGGUGCAGCUCUACUCAAUAAUUUCUGUUCAGUAAAUGUAAACACAUCAACAUAAUGAGACCUCUGGCUGUUGGAUCACAGGAAAAUGUCUGAAACGGAACUUAACAUCAUGUACUGAAUCUGUGGAAAGCUUAUCUACUUUAUGAUAAUAAACAUAUCUUGCAUUUAUAUUUAUGGACAACAAGGACAACAGUCAAGCCUGAUUGAAAUAAAUCUUACAGACUCUGCCCUAUCAGGUUCCAUUCUGUCAGCCGUGUGAUUCUGAUCUCAUUUAAUAUGCUGAUAGAGUGAAGUUUAGACAUGGCAAAGCUCAGUAACACCUUCUAGAAAUUCAAACUACAUAAAAUCUUAUGGAUGGUUUUCAUAGUAAAAUGUUUCAGGCCAUAAAAUUAAAGAUAUUUAACUUUCAGUCAGUGUUCAUUGUGAUUAAAUCAACCAAUAAAUAACUUUGGCCUUCCUUUCCUUCUACACCAGAGAUCAGAAUACAUGUUCGUUUCAUUGGGCUGUCUUUUCUUAGCAUGUAGCUGCUGUAUUCUCUUAUAGCUAAUGUUGGUUAGUUGCUUCCAGUGUAGAGGACUAUGACUUGAAGUUUAAAACCAUGCACUCUUGUAACACCCCUGGUGCCUUGAAAUGCAAUGCAAUCUUGUUUUUAUAUGCUCCAUACACUGUCCUCCAGUAUUUACCUUUAAAAUCGUAUUGAAGCUGUAACAGCACAUUGAAACCCAGCAUCCUUGGCUUAAAUAAACUCUUACACAAGGAAAUGAAA